CGAUAGAUAUUUUGUCGAUGGACCAAUGGGACGCCCGUGUGUACUCGCUGUUUUGGCUCUGUAAGCCAAUCAGAGGCCGCGCUCGGGUUUGUUGUUAGUGAUGAUGAUGACAUGAAAAUAUUUGUUGUUACUGGAAAGGAGAGCGAGGACGGAGAGAGCGUGAAGCGAGCAAGGGCCGAUCGCUUUCAACGAACAUACACACAACGCAACGGCGUUUUCCGGUCUCGGGAGUCGCGGAGGAGCGAAUGUCGGUGAAUAUGGACGAACUGAGACAUCAAGUGAUGAUUAACCAGUUUGUUUUGACUGCGGGCUGCGCGGCGGAUCAGGCGAAGCAGCUUCUGCAAGCGGCGCACUGGCAGUUCGAGACGGCUUUGAGCUCGUUUUUCCAGGAGUCCAACAUCCCCAGUCAUCACCAGAUGAUGUGCACUCCACGCAACACCCCAGCCACGCCACCCAACUUCCCAGACGCCAUCACCAUGUUCUCCAAGCUGAGGACGUCCGAGUCCACCGGCGCUUCUUCCGCCCAGGUGUCCAUGGCGUGUUCCCCUCCUCCGCCCCCCACACACUCCUCCUCACAGGGUUUCGGCUCCUUCUGGGCCUCCUCGCCGCCCAACCAGCCCGUCUGGCUGCCCCCGUCCUCUCCCACCGCACACCACACACUCCACCACCACCACCACCACAUGCACCAGCCGCUCACGUGGCCCCCCGUGUCGCAGUCCGCCGGCGGCCCGCAGACGCCCGUGGUGUCAGCCCUGACCGGCCGGAGAUGAGACUCCCGACGGGGACACGCCCACUGAGACUUUUGGAUGGCCGAUGGUGAAAGACACGGUACUCUUUCUUUCAGUUUUCUAAAGAUGAACAAUCUUCUCUUCCUUUCGGAGAUCUCGUUUUUUUUUUGUGUGUGUGUGUGUUUUCUUUUAUCAACCGUCGAUUUCAUUUCUAGUCUGAUCCUGGGAAAGAACCACUAUGAGACAAAAAAACUAAAAAAAUUAUGGAAGGUAUGAAAAGACGUUCAACUCUCCCCCGGGCGAGCCACGGAUUCAGGCCGGAGAGAGCGAAUCUUCGACCGCCGCUCUUUUUGUUCUUGCGUGUCGGAGACACACACUCGCAAUAAAGUGGACGACGGACUGUAAAGAUGGAGGUCGCAUCAUGUGGUCGUGCUGUUCUGCGUCCCGGGACGAAGAGGAUGAUGAUGUUUCUGUAGACGUAGUUGUUCUGUUGAGUUCCUAACAGAGGCUGUUAUACGACUAUCGUCUGUUUGUUUCCGAACAACAAAAUGGAGAUGCUGAGUUGAAGUUAUUGUGAAUCAUAAAAACAAAUCUUUGUUCUAGAUAUAUAUAUAUAUAAAAAACAAAAAAACGGGAAAUGACCAGGAACAGUUUUGCAAUAAUCCUGGUCUGAAUUGUUUCAGAUGAAGACGCCCUGAUUUGGUUUGGUUUAUUUUUUUUUUUCAGUAAUGAUGACUUCUUUAAAUGCAAUGUUUAAUUUUGUUUUUUUUUGUUUGAUAAGUUCCCAACUUUUAUCGUGUACAUCAGGAAAGAUUCUUGUGUUUAAACUAAAUCUGUGGUGGAGAAAUACAGACUCAAGCUUUAUAUAUAAAAAGUGUUUGUUUUUUUAUUUCCCCUGCAGAGAAUUUAAAAUACUUCCUGUUUGAUAUGUAAUGAGCGGUGUGACGUUUUGAGGUCCAGCUCAUGGAAUCCACACACUACCUCUGAUCGGACCUGUGUGUGUGUGUGUGAAAAAGAGAGAGAGACUCGAAUACCGCUGUGUGAAACCCAUCGGACUCGACUCGGCCGUCUCAGUGGAUCUAGCGUCACUUCUCGGCUUUUCUGAAGGUGUAGAGCGGAAUGGCUGAGUAGAUCUGAACGUUGAUUGGCCCGUUUCUUUAGUUUCGCAUGACGUCACUUCACUUCAUUCGUUCAUCAUAGACAAUCACUUUUGCCGUUUGAGUUUGUGGUUUAGUACGACUCCGUUCAUCUCACUUGCAGAGACCGACACCAAGGCUGUGAGGCGAGACAUGCGUUGCACGCUCUGACAAAAAGACACAUUUUUUUUUUUGUUAAAAAUUACUAUAAAUGUAAUAAAUUACUAUAACUAAUAAAUUAUUCACAAAAGCAAUUUUGUGUAAAUUGACAUUUUUAAUUCAGUAGUAAUUUGAUUUAUUGACUUUUGCUAUAUACACACACAUUUGUACAUCAAUUUCAGUUUAAAUGAAAAUUGAAAUCUAAUUUUGUUUUCACAAGCCGAAUUAAUUUGUAAAUGUUCAUAAAAUCAUUCUUGGGUUAACUUUCACGAACAAUUUACAUGCAUCUGUUGUCGUUUUUGAGAGACGAGGUCCGCCUCACAGCUUUGUCUUCAUCUGCGGCUGUGGAUCCGGUGAGUUUUCAUUUAAUCACCGACCAGCCUCUGCAUUUCGACGUAGAAAAUGCACGUGAAACGCAUAAAGUAAGUUACCCUUGGUUUUGUAAAACAUGGGUGUAUCGAUAUGACACACAAUUGUUUGGUCUUCCAAUUGGUUUCGCUAUUGUUUAUCAUGUAAAACGAAACCUAAAAUGCCGGUUUCUGAAGGGUGAAGAUGCGUGUUGUGAGAGAGUAGGUCACUUCCUGCUAAGAGGAAUGCGAGUGUGAAGUUAAACAAACGUCUCGAGUGCCUUGAGGUCCGAGAACUCUCCAUUUAUUCAGCUGUCGCUCCGUCCGAAGCCCUCAGCAACUGCGGCCAACUUUCUCGAGCCUUUCUCUCCGCUCAAACAAUGACUGUUUGAACAGUCGGGCCGCCGUAGAUCUCGGAGCAUCGGGAUGUCAUCGACACUACUGGACGGUGAUUCGGUUCUUUGAGGACGUUUUUGUUUUGUACUGUCACGCACACACACACUCGAGGAAACCAAUUCAUUGGCGAACAACCUUUUGUAUCGAUUUCCCUCCUGUAUCUGUUCUUUUCCCUCGUUGAGAUUUGUAUUUAUAUGUCUGACAAAAAAGCUACGAUCUGAAACCAUUUUGGAGGUCAUCGUGUUUAUAUUAAGGUCAUAAUAAACGAUUUAAUGACUAGUG